GAAGUGGAGAGCUAGCUCGGGAAAUGAGUUCCAGCAAGGGUUUGGAUAAGGGUGGAGACGGUAAGCAAGCUGAGGACAUUAAGUCUCUGUAAGAGCAAAACCAUGACCUCUGAGGAGCCGGUGGCGGUUUGGAGCGUGAGUAGCGGUGAGGAGAUGUGGUUCGAGAUUCUCCCUGGCCCCAUCAUGGGCGUGUGCUUGGCCAUUCCUGGGGUAUCCACUGCGUACAUCCACAAGUUCACCAACGGGGGCAAGGAAAAAAGAGUUGUUCGACUUCGUUACCAGUGGUAUUUGAUGGGAAGAGAUAGACGGGUCUCUGGAGUCAAUCGCUACUAUGAGUCCAGGGGCUUGGAGAAUACUGACGAAGGAAGCACUUUCCUGGCUGAUGAAAAAAAUUACUUAGCUAUGGUCACCUAUUCCUGCUAGAAGGCAAAUGC